GAUGGACCCGUUCGAGGACAUGCUGCGGCGGCUACGGGAGGCCUUCGGCUCGGGGCGGACACAGGAGGCGGAGUUCCGGGCCACCCAGCUCAAGGGCUUGGGCCGCUUCCUGGAGGAGAACAAGCAGCUUCUGCAGGAGGCGCUGGUGCAGGACCUGCGCAAGAUGGUCUUCGAGUCGGAGGUGUCUGAGUUCAGCAUCUGCCAGGGCGAGAUUAACUUGGCCCUCAAGAACCUGCAGGCCUGGAUGAAGGACGAGGAAGUAACCAAGAACCUGGCCACGCAGCUGGACUCCGCCUUCAUCCGCAAGGAGCCCUUCGGCCUGGUGCUCAUCAUCACGCCCUGGAACUACCCGGUGAACCUGACCCUGGUGCCCCUGGUGGGCGCCCUCGCCGCGGGGAACUGCGUGGUGUUGAAGCCCUCUGAGAUCAGCGGGAACACUGGGAAGGUCCUGGCCGAGGUGCUGCCCCGGUACCUGGACCAGAGCUGCUUUGCUGUGGUGACAGGCGGGCCCAAGGAGGUGCAGCAGCUGCUGGAACACAAGUUUGACUACAUCUUCUUCACAGGGAGCUCUCGAGUUGGCAAGAUUAUCAUGGCCGCAGCCACCAAGCACCUGACGCCCGUCACGCUGGAGCUGGGGGGCAAGAACCCCUGCUACGUGCACGACGACUGCGACCCCCAGACCGUGGCCAACCGUGUGGCCUUCUUCCGCUACUUAAACACCGGCCAGACCUGCGUGGCCCCCGACUACGUCCUGUGCAGCCCCGAGAUGCAGGAGCGGCUGGUGCCCGCCCUGCAGAGCGCCAUCACCCGGUUCUACGGCGACGACCCCAAGAGCUCCCCCGACCUGGGCCGCAUCAUCAACGACAAGCAUUUCCAGCGGCUCCAGGGCCUGCUGGGCAGCGGCCGUGUGGCCAUCGGGGGCCAGAGCGACAGCAGCGACCGCUACAUCGCCCCCACGGUGCUGGUGGACGUGCAGGAGACGGAGCCGGUGAUGCAGGAGGAGAUCUUCGGGCCCAUCCUGCCCAUCGUGACUGUGAGGAGCCUGGACGAGGCCAUCGACUUCAUCAACCGCCGGGAGAAGCCCCUGGCCCUGUACGCCUUCUCCAACAGCCAGCAGGUGGUCAAGGAGGUGCUGUUCCGGACCAGCAGCGGGGCCUUCUGUGGGAACGACGGCUUCAUGUACAUGACCCUCUCCAGCCUGCCCUUCGGAGGAGUGGGUGCCAGCGGCAUGGGCAAAUACCAUGGCAAGUUCACCUUCGACACCUUCUCCCACCACCGCGCCUGCCUGCUGCGCUACUCCGGGAUGGAGAAGGUUAACUCCAUCCGCUACCCGCCCUACUCGCCUCAGAAGCUGAGGGUGCUGCUGAUGGCCAUGGAGACCCACAGCUCCAGCUGCACCCUGCUCUGAGCCCACCCCAGGCACUGGGGCACCAAGGGUCCCUCCUGGCUCAUGUCCAAGUCCUACGCUGUCCCCUGUGGCUGGAGGAGACACAACCUAGGGUCCAGGGCAUAAGAAGGAAGGACCUGCCAAGGCCACAGCCCAUCCCAGAGCAUUUCCUUCUGCCUCUCCUGGCCCUCAGCUGCCCCCUAAGCAGGACGGGCUACAGUGAGGGAGUGUGCGAGACCUCCACCAGCCACCUGCGUCCUGGGCAAACGUAAGCGCCUCUGCCUGUGGAAAGUGCGGCAGAAGGGGCAACGACAUCUGGUCCGGGCCAUAUCGUGGACCUGCUGUGGCCCAGGCUGCCUCUGUCCUGAGCUGCUCCCCACCUGUGCAAUGGAAGCAACUAACAAAUGGCAUCUCUGAAAUGGUUGUGAGAUCAAAUUUAGGAGCUUAAUAAACAUGCAUUGCUGUC